UUGGCUGUCACUCAAGAUUGAUAAUAUCCCUACUCUCAUCUUGCCACACAUCCUCUUUUAUAUGGAUAAUAUUAAUAGCACUUGCUCCUGUUGCUGUGCUGGGGAUGGUGGCUGCUCCUGGUGUUGUCCCGGGGAUGGUGGCUGCUCCUAAUGCUGUGCCAUAACAUCUGAGAAAGCACAGAAGACUUCUUUUUUAGUAGCUCAGCGAAUAGUAAAAUGCAAGAAGCCUCAUACAAUCGCAGAAGAGCUGAUGCUGAUGCUCCCAGCAUUUGUCGAAAUGUGCGAGAUAAUGCUCAGGACAGAGGUAGCAAAUAAAUUAAAAAGCAUACCCCUCUCCGAUGACACCGUGAGCCGGAGGAUGGGUGACCUGGCCGAUGACAUCUUAUCACAACUUGUGGGGAGACUUUGUUGCUGUGGAUUUUCCCAUCAGCUGGAUGAGUCUACUGAUGUGGCUAGUGCAGCACAGCUAAUCGCUCUCGUCUGCUAUCAGUGGGAUGGAUCCAUUCUGGAGGAUUUCUUGUUCUGCAAAGAGGUCCCUGGCAGCACAACGGGCGAGGAGAUUUUCAAGAUCCUUAAUUGAGUUUACUGAGUUUCAUGAGCUGAGUUGGGGGAAAUGUGUGGCCGUUUGUACUGAUGGAGCAGCAGCAAUAAUGGGCAGAAAGAGUGGUCUUGUUGCUUGGAUAAAGGCAGUAAACCCCAGAGCAAAAUCUGUCCACUGUAUGCAGCACCGACAAGCACUCGCCUCCAAAGGUAUGGAACCAGACCUGCACUUUGUGUUGAGCACAGCUGUGACAGCAGUUAAUUUCGGAGAAGAAGCAAGCAGGAGGAAUUACUCCAGGAUAAACUACGGACAUACUAUUGUAAAGAUGGAGAUUAAGGAAGAACCCUGCAGAAUAAAAGAUGAAGAUACAGAGGAACAAAUAGGAGAAGAAGCAAGCAGGAGGAAUUACUCCAGGAUAAACUACGGACAUACUAUUGUAAAGAUGGAGAUUAAGGAAGAACCCUGCAGAAUAAAAGUUGAAGAUACAGAGCAACAAAUAGAUCUGAUCGAAGUGAAUGAAGACAAACAGCAUCAGUCUCAAAAAACUCAUAAUUUCACAAAUGAAGAUGGAAAUGCAGUCGUUUCAAAGACUGAAAAACAAGCUGGAAAAUCUGUAGUCGAAGGAUCUUUAACUUGUUCUGAGUGUGGAAAAGGUUUCAUAUCUAAAUCAAAGCUGAACACACACAUGACUAUUCACACUGGAGAAAAGCCAUUCACAUGCAUUCAGUGUGGAAAGAGUUACAGACUGAAAGGACACCUAAAUGAUCACAUGAGGAUUCACAGUGAAGAAAAGCCUUAUAAAUGCACUCAGUGUGGAAAGAGUUGCAUAUCUAAAUCACAGCUGAACACACACAUGAUGAUUCACACUGGAGAAAAGCCUUAUACAUGCACUCAGUGUGGAAAGAGUUACAGACUUAAAGCACACCUAAAUGAUCAUAUGAGGAUUCACACUGGAGAAAAACCUUUCACAUGCUCUCAGUGUGGAAAGAGUUUCACUCAGAAAAGUCAUCUCAAGACUCAUCUGCGCUCUCACUCUGGAUUGAGAUCAUUCAGCUGUGAUCAGUGUGAUAAAACAUUUGUUUUUGAAUCAGGCUUAAAAAAACACCUUAAAACUCAUUCUGAUGUGAAGCCUCACUUUUGCUCUGUUUGUGGAAAGAGUUUUUCACAACUUGGAUCUUUAAAAGAGCAUGAGCGUAUUCAUGAUACUGGUGUGAAACCUUAUGUGUGCUUUGACUGUGGAAAGAGCUUUACUUAUUCCAACAACUUAAAACAACACCAGAGAAUUCAUACUGGAGAGAAACUGCACAAGUGUUCACACUGUGGAAAGAGUUUCACUCAGUUAGGAAGCCUGAAAAAUCAUGAGAGAGUUCAUACUGGAGAGAAACCGCACCAGUGCUCUUCAUGUGGGAAAAGUUUCAGCCAAUGGUCUAAUCUACAAAAACAUAAGAAAAAGCAUUGUCUGAAUGUGUCUAAGUGAGCAAUGUUCAUGCAGAUCCAUGAUUGAUUUGAUAUUCAGAUUAAGCAAAAGAUGGAAUUGCCUUAAAUAUAUGGCUUGAUGAAUUAAAAUUAUGUCAAUAUUUGUACAGCUAACGCCUUUAACCUUGGAAUUUUUUUGUAGAUAUGUCAUAAAUUGUGCAGUUAUUUUCACUGUCCAUUCUGUGCCCCCACAUAUUUCAAAGCCUCAAAGUUCAAAAACAUAUAAAGGGACACUUCAACAGAGCAGUGCAACAUGAAGGUAAUAUUUGCAAACAUCUUUUGUUUUGUUUGUUUGUUUUUUGAAAGAUCAUAAUAAGACGUUUGUGACAGUGCAAUCGUAGGCCUAUACUGUUGUAUUCCAAGGAGUCGCCCCUGCCGAACCCAGCAACAUUUUAUGAUUAUCCAAAGUGACUUAUGUUUUUUUUUAUGCAAUUGAAGACGAAAAGUAAAGUCACAAACACAAUUCUUUCUUUCAUUUUUUUCUUACAGCAAGAUGAUGUUAGGUGAUUGUUAAAUAAAGUAGGCCUACAGAAUUGUUUAUUGUUUUGUCUAUUCUUAUUUGUUUUGCAUUUUUACAUUCAAAAUGUAUUUGUUAUUAUGUUAGCAUGGUAAUGUUAAUUAGUCCAUUAUCGGUUGAACUGAACAUUGUAGCAAAUAUCACAUACCAUUUUUCAGAAGAUAGUUCAAUCUGUAGUUGAAUCCCUUCCAUCAGUGACACA